CCUGAAAAUCCUCAUUUAACAUGCGUUUAGCGAUAAUACUCGCCAAAAUGCAUUCAAGUGCUGAUAAACUUAGAAGUGCCGGCCGUCAACGGACCUAUCAGCCGAAUAAGCACUCUGACAAUCCCGAGAAUGCGAACAGACCGUGAAGCAAACAAACUAGCUAAUGCCACCCUGUAAGGGGAAUCAAGAUCGCAUGUGAUGCGUCCAGUCAGCGUGUUUCUUUCUUUGCUCAACAUAUGAUUGCACAGGAAUAUCCUGGGUUGGACAAUAGUUUCACAGCAAGGGCGAACCGAUCAAAAGUGUCAUUGUCCAUAUAUUCGGACCCUUCCUCGGUUCUGUUUCUAUCCGGGCUUGAUAUUUAUCAGUAUCGAUAUGCAAUUUUCUGCACUUAUCCUUCUUCUAGUCUCGUCGCUGAGCGUUACAGCUGCGCUGCCGAUACCCGGGACCAGUGACGAUUAUGAAAAUGAUCGUUCCGUGAUAACCCCUUCCGGAUGGAGAUUUUUCUCUAAAACUAGCGUCUGGACAGCCUCUGAUCACGAACUAGGUUCAGGACAUCUAGCAACCAUCAAUAUCCCACCAGCAAUCGACAACCCAUGCCACCAUAAAGGCCCUCUACGAUGUCCCCCACUGACUCCGAACCCAGUGAUGAGCAUCCCGCAUCGCAAAAACUGCGCCAAACAAUAUGACGGAUUCCCCGUUACCCAAGGCACGUUUGAUUCGCUGUGGAACGUCGAGAGGAUUCUGACGCCGGUGGGAAUACUGGUCGUAAUGAUAUGGCUGGGGUUUGUGGCGGUUGGACUUGUUGCUGUGGUGGAUUAUGUGUGGGUACGAUGGGGGAGAGGAUAUAGUGGUUAUCCAGGUGUUGUUUCUGAAGGUGGGGAUGAUGAAGAGAAAGCAGAAACUAAUUGAGCUGUCCCAUGGUACGAAAUAUGAAAGGAUGGUCUCUUUUUUUUUAUAUUUUAUUUGAUGCCAUGUGAUCGUAAAUGGCUUAUCUACUUGAAAGACAGCUGUCUAUCCUUCACUUUCUACUCUCGUUCAGACGGCCAUCCAC